ACUCUCACUGAAAUUGCAGUCGACGUAGCUCCUGUCUUCUCCACCCAAAAUCACCUCUUCCUCCUCUGACUCUCCCCACCUCCACCCACAUGGAGCAGAUAUGAGCCUCCUCGGACCUCCUCCGGCGUCCUCCGGUGCAUCACAAUUGCCUCCGCCGGCGACUUUCGCUCUCACCUACUACCCCACCGCCCUCCAGUGGAUAAACCCACCAUUCGCCGCCGCGGGUGUACCCACUCGCCGCCCGUAUCGCGUGCAGGCCUCCACCGGAACUUCCAACGACUCCACCGGCGGUGAUGUCUAUUCUCUGUAUGCUUCUACGGCGCAGGCGUAUUCGAGUCAUAAUGACCAAGAGCUUCUGUCUCUCCUCCGACAGAGGAGAACAGACGAAGCCUGGGCAAAGUAUGUCCAGUCCACUCAUCUCCCUGGCCCCACUUGCCUCAGCCGUUUGGUCUCCCAGUUGUCUUACCAACCCACGCGCGACAGCCUCGGGCGUGCUCAGUCCAUCCUCAAGCGCCUCCGCAACGAGCGUCAGCUCCACCGCCUUGACGCUAACCCCCUCGGCCUCCUCGCUAUGGCUGCCGCAAAAUCAGGCCAAACCCUUUACUCUUCCUCCGUCAUCAAGUCCAUGCUCCGUUCAGGUUACCUCCCCCACGUCAAGGCGUGGACCGCCGCCGUAGCCAACCUAGCCGCCGCCGGAGACGAAGGUCCGGUAGAGUCCGUCAAGCUAUUCACCGCCGGGACCCGACGCGUCCGGCGCUUCGCGGACCCGUCAUUGGUGGCUCAGUCUAGGCCCGAUACGGCUGCGUUUAACGCCGUGUUGAAUGCUUGUGCAAAUCUUGGUGAUACCGGGAGGUUUUUGAAGCUGUUCGACGAAAUGCCUGAAUGGGGUUGCCAACCCGAUGUGUUGACAUACAAUGUGAUGAUCAAGCUGUGUGCUAGGGUUGAUCGGAAGGGCUUGAUCGUUUUCGUAUUAGAAAGGAUCAUAGAGAAGGGGAUUCCGGUUUGUAUGACGACAAUGCAUUCUCUUGUUGCGGCAUAUGUUGGAUUCGGUGAUUUGAGAACAGCGGAGAGGAUUGUUCAAGCAAUGAGAGAGAGAAGGAGAGACAUCUGCAGGAUUCUACGGGAAUGUAAUUCAGCGGAUCUGAAGAAAGCAGAAGAUGAUGGUGAUGAUGAUGAUGAUGAUGAUGAUGAUGAUGAUGAUGAAUCGGGUUAUUUGGCUCGGGAUGAGUUGAACAGCGAGGGCUCUGAGGAUGUGUUCCAGAAGUUGCUACCUAACUCGAUUAACCCGAGUGGUGAACCUCCAUUGUUGCCUAAACCCUUUGCUCCCGACUCGAGGAUCUACACUACGCUGAUGAAAGGUUAUAUGAAGGAUGGGCGAGUAGCUGACACGGUUAGGAUGCUUGAGGCAAUGAGGCAUCAAGAUGACACGAAGAGUCACCCGGAUAAUGUUACAUACACGACCGUUGUGUCAGCGUUUGUGAAGGCAGGUAUGAUGGAAAGAGCUCGUCAAGUAUUGGCCGAGAUGGCUAAGAUGGGUAUACCGGCGAAUAGGGUCACAUACAAUGUUCUACUCAAAGGGUACUGUAAACAGUUGCAGAUAGAUAAGGCAGAGGAUUUGCUGAGGGAGAUGGCUGAAGAUGCUGGAAUCGAGCCAGAUGUGGUAUCCUAUAACAUCAUCAUAGAUGGAUGUAUACUGAUAGACGAUAGUGCAGGAGCUUUAGCGUUCUUCAAUGAGAUGAGAACGAAAGGGAUUGCUCCGAGUAAGAUCAGUUACACUACUUUGAUGAAAGCUUUCGCAACCUCGGGACAACCCAAGUUGGCAAACAAGGUGUUUGAUGAGAUGGUGAGGGAUCCACGGGUCAAAGUUGAUCUGAUUGCAUGGAACAUGUUGGUUGAAGGGUAUUGCAGAUUGGGUUUGGUUGAAGAAGCAAAGAAAGUGGUUUCGAGGAUGAAAGAAAACGGGUUUUACCCUAAUGUGGCAACCUAUGGAAGCAUUGCCAAUGGAAUCUCAGUGGCCAGGAAACCGGGCGAAGCCCUUUUGUUGUGGAAGGAGAUCAAGGAGAGGCUCGAGGUGAAAACCAGAGGAGAAGGCGAAGGUGGUGAUUCUUCAAGUCAUCCUCCCCCUCCUCCAUUGAUGAAACCAGAUGAAGGAUUGUUGGAUACAUUAGCAGAUAUAUGUGUAAGGGCAGCUUUUUUCAGGAAGGCGUUGGAGAUAAUUGCGUGCAUGGAGGAGAAUGGGAUACAUCCGAACAAGACAAAGUACAAGAAAAUAUACGUGGAGAUGCAUUCGAGGAUGUUCACGAGCAAGCAUGCUUCACAGGCAAGGCAGGACAGACGGAUCGAACGGAAGAGAGCCUCCGAGGCUUUCAAGUUCUGGCUCGGUCUGCCUAAUUCUUACUAUGCCAGUGAAUGGCACUUAGACCGUGACUGACCACGUUCCAUUUCCAUUGUAUGUAUACGAGGUUGUAAUAUACCUAUGUUCAUGUGUGUUAAACAGUGUUAAUACCCUGAAUUCGUGUGUAAAUGAAUCAAAAGUCCACGACCCUUCAUGCUCA